GCAAGUUUUAUUAACAAAUAAUAAAAUUAGAGCAAAAUAAAGCUCACACAUAAGUUCAACUAAACAGAAAUACCACAAGUGUCUAACUUCAGAUCAACCAUUCAUCGCGCCGUCCUUCCGCGUUUCGCGUUCCGCGCCGUUGACACCUGUCAGCUCAGCUGUUCGCUUCGGCCAUUUUCCGCCUAGCUUCGUGUUUUAUUCCGUACUCGACGAUCGACGAGCAGCGCUCACGGAACAACUCGUCAUCGCGACCGGACGACAUUGCAAAUUUCCGAGAAUCCAUCCCGAAAGGAAUCUCGCGUUAUUCGGGCCAUCCGCAGGCGAACGCCGUCCGUUCGAAAUGGCGACCGGUAUGCCGGAAUUGGGCUCCAAAAUCAGCCUGAUAUCGAAGGCCGACAUUCGCUACGAAGGUAGAUUGUUUACAGUCGAUCCGCAGGAAUGCACCAUCGCUUUGGCGUCCGUACGAUCCUUUGGCACGGAAGACCGAGACACCCAGUACCCAGUACCGGCCCAGAACCAAAUCUACGACUACAUCCUGUUCAGGGGCUCCGACAUCAAAGACAUCCGGGUGAUCAACAAUGCGGCCUCGCACCCGCAGCCGCUCAACGAUCCGGCCAUCAUGCAGCUGUCGAUGCCGCCGCACGCCAUGCAACCGCCCCAAUACCCGGCGCACCACGUCAUGCGCGGCCCCCCCGUCCACAUGGACGCCCCGCCGUUCCAGCACCCGUACGGCGGCAUCGGCUCGGGCCUCGGCCUCGCCCACCAGGACGCCGGCCUGGCCGCCGCCAAGCCAAGUGAGUUGUUAACGGGCGCCCCCGAGGCGAUUAAUAUCGAACGAACUCAAUCGAACGUCAUCGAACACGUGUCUUUUCUAGAUUUGAUCGGCGGUUCGAGGAGCACGUCGCCCACUAGCUUGAGAUCGAGGAAGUCGCCGACGAACGAUCAGGGCGUGCAAACGGGCAAGAACCGACAGGGCGGCAGGAAACCCGUCAGGCCUAUACAGCCACCUACGGGCCAAUGGAACCAACAGCAACAGCACCAGCAGAGGAGGAAGUCGGGCGACAGGAAGGACAACAAUCACCAGCAACAUAACAAACCGAAUUACCACACGAACAAUCAGCAACAACAGCAGUACAACUCGCCGAGGGGCAAUUGGUCGAACAGGGGCCCGAUGAGGAAUUGGUCGAGGCCGAAGGGCGGCGCGCCCGGUUACAGGAAUAACGCGCCGGUCGGCGGCGACGGCGGAGGCGGCGGCAGGCCCAGGAACAUGUUGAAGUUCGACAACGAUUACGAUUUCGAGCAGGCCAAUACGGAGUUCGAGGAGCUGAUGAGCCAAUUGGGAAAGGUGAAAUUGGAGGAGGCCGGCGAAGCGGGAGCGGCCGCGGGUACGGCGGCGGCGGCGGCGGCGUCGGCGGCGGCGCCUUCGAAAGGGGCCGGCGACGAUGCGGACAAAAAGGACGAUUCGGGCAACGAGACGGGGGCCGGCGAGAACGAGCAGGACGACGACCAACAGCACCAGGAGGUGUUCUACGACAAAACGAAGUCGUUCUUCGAUAAGAUAUCGUGCGAGGCCGUGGAAAAGGCCAAGGGGAAAUCCCAGCGGACGGAUUGGCGCGUCGAAAGGAAAUUGAAUUCGGAAACGUUUGGAGUUGCCGCGACCCGACGCGGAGCGGGCAGAGGCGGCUUCAGGGGCUCGUACAGGGGCGGCUACAGGAACAAUUACUACAGGCAACCGCAGCGCAACCAGCAGAACAAACCGCCCCAGCAGCAGCAACAGCAACAACAACAACCGCCGCAAAACCAGCAGCAGCAACAACAACAGCAAUCGCCUGCGACCCAACAGCAACAAGGUAAUAAAGCGAUCGUCGAUGACGACGACGAUGAGAAAGGGCCCGUCGUUGUUGAGAAAUUGGACAUUGUAGAUUUGCGCGAUCGUCCGCUUGCCGGGCAAGCUAACGACGAGGAGGGGGCGGGUGAAUUCGUGCCCGAGCCUGUGAUGGCAGUGAAAUAGAAGAAAUAAAACCGGGAACUAAGCUGACACUAGCUAAGAAGGGAGAAGCUAAACAACAAAUGGACGUUUGUUUGGUUCAACUGAAAAAAUACUAAAAAAUCUGUGAUCGAGUGAAUUUGUACUAGAUGGAAAAAAGAUGGAUUUAUUUUUUAAUUUUAUUGUUUGUUUGGAAUUACAUUUAUCAUUUGAGAAAUCGCAAUUCGUACGUACUAUGUUUGUACUAUUUGUAAUAUUUAAAGCUGCUGGUACAGUCGAUUAAUUUGCGCGAAUUGGGCCAAGUUAUCUGUGCAAAAUUACUCGAUUAUAUUCCCCCGUGAUAAAUGUGUUUCUAAUGAGAAAAAUCGAUUUUGAUUCAAAAGAAUAACAAAAAAAAAUCUGGUGUCAGUAUUAAUAGUUAGAUAUAUUAAGGUGCGUUUAAAUGUUGUUUGUACUGUUUCGCUUGUAAUUUUAAUUUCAUCGCGAAUUAAAAUUACGAGCGGACAUUUUGAAUUGUAAAGAAAUCACCCGAGGGGAAUCCCCCUGCGUUCGAUCGUUUAUUUCAUUAUUUUUUCGUGGCCUCUUACGCGUUCGCUCGGAAGCUACCGUUUCGAAUCGAAUUGAAUAUGAUCUAAAUAGUAGCUUUAAAAACUGAACAAUAAUUGAAAUUUUUAAUCGUACUAUUUACCAAAAAUUAACGAAAAAUUCGAGUUGGCUAAUUUAAGUAAAUAAGAAUAGAUAUUUAUGUAUAUUUUCGUACUGAUGAAGUAACGUCCCGCUGUCGAUCAAUUGAUUUUGGUUUAAUGUAAAGCAUACGGGGGGACGUUAAUUCGAAGGAUAUACGAGGGCGUGAAAUUAGAAUUUUAAUUUUUUUUACAUAUUACAUUUCGCCUAUUUAUUUCGAUAACUACAGUGAGAACGAUUCGAUUUGUUGUUUAAUGUAAUUGAAUUAUUUAUUUGAUAGCCGAUUUAUAUUGGGCACAAGACAAUUGUUAGAGCGGACGGGACUUUUAAUAAAAUUAUUGUUAACGUUGAAAUUUUAAUAAUAGAUUGUUAAUUAAAAGUCUCGAAAAAUCUAUAUAUCAGUUUUGUGCUUAUUUUCGAAUUGUUUGAUAAACACAAAUGAGAAAAAAAAUCUAUGCGAAAUGAAGGCGAUUUUACGAGCAAUUAGAAUUAUUUUUUUAAUUUUCUAUUCGAUGAUGUAAAGGUGAAAUUUGUCCCGAGUUUCUCUCUGAUUUUUUUUUGUAAAACGGGAAAUCUGGCAUUAAAUGUAGUUUUCUGAUAAAAAAAAAUGUCUAGAAUGGACUUUCUUCUUUGUAUUAAGGUUUUAUUUUUUUUAAUAAAAUUAAUUGGAGCUA